AUGUCCUACAACCGAUAUCGACAGAAGAAGUUUCUGUCAGGUGGUUACCUGGGCGGCCAUAAAUCAUACUCGCGUUACCGUCUGAACUAUGAAACCGAGCGAUACACUGCAAAUGAUGCUCAUGCUAAGACGGCGGACUUACGUUUUUCGUCCAAAGAUCUCGAUGGACUGGCACCUUCGCUGAAUCUCCAUUCUCCAGCGGACUCCAAUUCACUGGCGUCUCGAAGUUUUCUGAAAGAUCCAGAUACGGCAAUGACAACACCUAUCCUGUCAAUAACCCGUGGCACAGAAAGCACGAGGCUACCCGAUAACUCUAAGGCAUUGUUACCAAAUGGUACUGAUAUUCUCUCGGGGAAGAACAUAGCAGACGAAAAGUUCGAUAUCCAGAUGCACCACAAACUGUAUCUUGAUACAAGGUACGCGGCUACUAAGGCAGACUCACUGAAGAAUUACCGUGUACUAUACGAUCCAGAAUGUGAUAAAUCGCUAUCCAAAGCAGAACGCAAAUCGAAACACCGCAAGCUACGCUUUCAAUCUGAGAUCUCAUCAGAGAAACCGCCAUCAGAUCCCCGUAUCAAGUUGGGUAUUCAAAACUACCUCACCAAGCCUAACAAAGCGUCCAAGAAGGUUCCAUUCAAACAUUUACCACAACCACGAUUCCUUUAUGACAAGAACUCCUUAAGACAGCCGCCGCUGACUGAAUUGGUGGUAUGGGAUCUUCCUACUUCCAUCAAUGAAACAUACUUCGUGAGCUUUUUCGAAUCAUUUGGAGACACUAUUAAGAAUGUGAAAUUUAUUAAUGAUCCCAUUAAUGCUGCUCCUUUGGGAAUUGCUACCUUCCUCUUUCCAAGGAUCUUUAGAGAAAGCUCUGCGAAGUGCUAA